GGUUUUCUUGUUUGUCUGUUUUAUAUCUAUAGCUGUAAAGUCAUCCGUUCUGUCGCUAACCCUCGGAUUUCUGUAGGUAGAUGGUUAGUUAGGUAGUGUAGUUUUAUCAAGCUCGAGCUUUUGGCUUUGAGUGGACGUCUAUCUAUCUAUUUAUCUAUUUUUAUUUUAUAUAUUUUUACAAAAUUCGGGGAAAAUACAUCAAAAGCUUGAAUGAAACAUUAGAUAUGCUUAUUUCAGUCGUUGUUACACUUAUCCAUUCGCUAUGUUGUUGAAAGAAAACCAGGUCAGCUUAAGUGUUUUCACGUCUGUAACGGACUCAAGUGAUGAACCGAUUCGAGCUGCGUUUCCUCCGUCUGUGGAGCUCGGACUCACCAUUGUGUAUAACAUCCUAUAUUCGCUGCUUUUUGUGUUUGUUUACUUGCAACUUUGGCUCAUUUUGCGUUAUGGACACAAGCGCUUCAGCUACCAGAGUGUCUUUCUUUUUCUCUGUUUACUGUGGUCAGCGCUAAGGACUACAUUAUUUUCAUUCUACUUCAAGAACGUUGUCCAAGCAAACCAGUUGCAGCCUUUGCCUUACUGGCUUUUGUACUGUUUUCCAGUAUGCCUCCAGUUUUUCACUCUGUGUCUGCUCAAUCUUUAUUUUGCACAGGUAAUGUUUAAAGCCAAAGCAAAAUAUUCUCCGGAGCUCAACAAAUACAAGGUGCCCAUGCGUCUGGCAUUCAUCAUUGCCAGCCUUUUCUUCCUCGUGGUAAACCUGACAUGCGCCAUGCUGGUGCAGGGGGGUAUAGGGGGGGGUGAGGCGGGUGAGGCAGAGGUGCGGCAGGUGGUGCUGGCCCGGGUGCUGGUCAACGACAGCCUCUUCAUACUCUGCGCCAUCUCGCUGGCCGUGUGCAUCUUCAAGAUUGCCAAGAUGUCCUCGUCCAACGUCUACCUCGAGUCCAAGGGUACGUCAGUGUGCCAAGCUACUGCCAUAGGUGCUGCAGUCAUCCUCCUGUACACGUCCAGGGCCGGCUAUAACCUGGUGGUGGUGGCUCUCUCUCCAGAGAACCGGCCCAGCGCCUUUAACUACAGCUGGUACAACGUCUCUGACCAGGCAGACAUAGAGAAGAUCAGUGGAGAGGCCUACAUUAUCUUUGGGAUCAUCCUCUUUUUCUGGGAGCUGCUACCCACCAGUCUGGUCGUGGUCUUCUUCAGGGUACAGAGGCCCAAUCAGAACCUAGCACCAGGAGGAAUGAUCAACAGUCACAGCUUCAGUUCCAAGGCCUAUUUUUUUGAUAACCCCCGGAGGUACGACAGCGAUGACGACCUGUCCAGGAGCAUCAACUCCAGAGCAGAUCGACCAUGUAGUGUCCUGUCCUCGACGCCCCAGUUGGACCCCAGCUGGUACGGCUCCACCCAGAGGAACGGCAACCUUACGGGGAUCCCCCAUCUCCCCAAUGGCCCCCAGACCUCCACUGCCCCCCUUCUCCUAGCCUACGGCAACAUCCAGACCAACCAGCACCAUAACUACUACUCCACCCCCCAGAACUACUAUUGUACCCCCCAGAAUCACUACUGCACCCCUCAGAACUAACCACCCCCGCUGUCCCCAGUAGAUACCCCUGAAAACAAUCCGGAAAACCCUCAGGAAAGGGGCGCUCCGGACCUUCAGCUACAUGGCUACGACCUCAGGGUUUCCCUGGCGACCCUGUGACUGGCGCUGUGUGGCCAAGCCUCCCUCAUUCCAGCUAUCGACCCGCUCCCACCCCACCAGGGCUACUUAACUUCCCAUCUUGUUGUAGGCAUGGUGACGACCUUUGGGAUUUCUGGGGCCAGACGAGGGGAGGUCAUUUGAGGUUAGUGGUGGUUAGGGAGUGGUCAGCUGAGUGAUAUUCCUUUUAUUAAAAAAGCUUUCCAACAUGUCUAAUACCAUAGUCCUGGAACUAGAGGUCUGCUACCCGACCCGAGCCCGACGGGCCCCGACAUUAUACAUUGGGUUAGGGCCGGGUAGGGCCUAUUAUCUUCAUCAAUAACUAGAGUACGGGCAGGGCUCGGGUAUCACUAAAUUGAUCACUAACAUUUUUAAUUUGAACCAUUUGUGCGUGCUCUGCUGUGCAGUACAGUCAUAUUUGACUAAGCUCAACCACAUCACAUAUAAAACAGGAGAGAUUAUUUCACAGAAAAUAAUCAUGUUCCUUGAGUUUUUCAGGAGUUUAGAGUGACGAAAAGUAGCUAACAGCUAACUGCUCUCUCAUGUCUCUUCAUUGAGCAGAGCAGCCCAAGCGGAGACAUUUCUAUGGAUACUCAGACUCAGAGCCACCAUGAGCUGAGCGCAUGCAGAGCAAGCUGCGCGCAGGGAGCGAGUGACAGACAGGGAGGAGCAGCUAAUGGAUUUACAAACUGAGGAAGUUAUUUCUGAUUUCGGGUUUUUAGCAGGGCCUUAAAUUUGGCAGAAGCAAUCGGGCCUGGGUAGGGUAGGGCCUGAACGUUGUGGGCAUGGGUAGGGCUUUAAAUUCAUGCCAGUGCAGGGCACUUCCUGGAACAUUGUACUAUUCCUAAGAAGUGGGAUGUGUGUGUAGAAGAAAAUAAGGAAGUGUCUGUAUGGAAAGGAUUGUGCUUCUCAGCUUUUCCACACACAUACUGUAUGUUUGUCGGACAUCAAACAGAAAAGUUAGUCCUCUAUCUCUGUCAAGGACCAGACAAGCAUGUGGACCAGCACUUAUGUUUUUGCACCCCUAUUCCUCGCCUAUUUUGGUUUGGUCCAGUGAGCAGUUCUCCCCGCUUCCCCCUGCACACAGACUCCCCUCCAUGAGUCGGGAGGCGACAUUUGCACUUGAAAAGAUCCCCUCACUUCACAUUCUGUGGACAAGACCCUGGCUUGAAUGUGGAGACUCAGCUCGUUAUACAAUCUCAGACUUUCAGUGUGUUCCUGUGUGUGUUCCUUGGACCAUGUCUCAUUUCCCUGUAGAAGACCAGUUGUUAUCUGAGCAAUGAGCCAUCCGUGACAAUGUCCCUCCAAACCAACACCAAUCGGGGCUAGAAUCAUGGGCAAUGCUCUCUGUAUUCGAGCCCAAUGUGCUCUGGGACACCAUGGGAAGACUGUGUGAAAGAGGAAAGCCACUUUUGCCAAAGAGCGCACAGAUCGAGAGUUGGGCCUAACAUUUUGUCUCGAGCCUCCAGCUUUCCUAGCAGGGCAAUCCCAGGAUGGUGCACCUGCUCCUUGGGAACUCCGUUUGGAUGAGAGGCCCCUGAUGGAGCAUAGACUGUGGGGAAACAAUAUGUUUCUGAAUUAAUGUUCUGAUCUGGACCCAGUAAAGUGAAUGUACGGACUAAGUGUAGAUCGGCGGAGUGAUCGGAUCAAAAUGUUAUUGUAGUCCAGUUUUAUAGUACUGUAGGCUACUCCUUGCAAAGCCCUAGCAAGGUCCCAGGACCAGGUUAACUGGUGACAGAGAGGGAUAGAUGGGCUUAAAGAGGCCCUCCAUCUCUUUCUAUAUGCUGACUAUAAUAGUAGCGGUAUCCAUGUGUUAGUUUACAGCAUCAAGCUCACCAUCAUCAGCCUGGACCCAGAUCUGUUUGUUCUGUCUUGCCAACUACUCUUGUCAUAAUCACCCCAUCUGGGACCAGGCUACACCACCAUACAGGGACACCUGAAAAUGUGUCAUUACAUGUUACUGUUUGGUUUUUUUCCUUGUGGAAAACGUCUUGCACAAAAUACUGUAUAUAUCUAAAAUGAUUCAUAAGCUUUAUGACCUUCUACUUAUUUCCAUUUUAACUGGAUUCUAUGUUUGUUUUUGAUAUACUCCAUGGCUACUAAUUUGGAUAAUAGUGGUACGGCCCAGGUGUACAGGGCAAGUAUGUGUGUGAAUGUGUUUGCUAAACAUGCUUAUAUGCACAGAAAGGGUUUAGGUAGGAGGUAAGAAAACUGUUGAUUGUCUUUCCUUUACUUUGUUUGUUACUGUUGAACAGAGUUUUGUGUUGUUUGCAAAACCCUGUUCAGAGAGGGCAAGAGGAAUUGCUCUCUACACAUUUGAUAUCCCUUCAAAUCAUAUUUUAUAAUUAGUUUGGUUUUAUUUUGCAAUUUUUUUCUUGUUUCCUUGCCUUCCUUCCAUGAAUGUCUGAGAUCAAGUGUUGUCGUAAUUGACGUUAUACGAGUUGUGUAAAUUAAUAUCAGCUGAGAAACACAAUCAGUGGGCGAAUGCAAUCAUAUUUUAAGUAUAUUAUUUUACCCCCUUUUUCGUGAUAUCCAAUUGCGAUCCAAUUACGAUCUUGUCUCAUCACUGCAACUCCCC